AUGUCACGAUAUCGAUCAGUGCUGCUCGUGGGGACACAAGUGGAUCUUCGAUGGCAAACUUCAAAAGAUACCGUGUCCACAGCCAAAGGUAGACAACUCGCAUCACAAAUCGGAGCUGAGUUCUUCGAAUGUUCCGCUCUCACGCAGCACAAUCUCAAGGAGAUGUUCGACUCCGCUAUUCUUGCAGCGCUAGAAGGAAGGAGAACAAUCAAAUCAUCACGUCCGCAACUGCACAACUCUAAUGCAAGAGACCUUGCUGGAGAACAAACCUUAGAUACCUUUGAAAUGAACGUUUAUGAGCAUGAAGUGCACCUGCAAGAUGAACAAGACAUUUACCUAGCUAUUCUUAUUGUCUACUAUAAAAUGAUAGACAAAGUACAAACGAGUCAAGUAGUAAUAAAUAUUAUUGGUUCCCAGUUAACAGUUCAUUUUAUGCCUGGAUAA